AGAGUGUCAAAGUGACAUUUCUAAUUUUGACAAGGUCGAAUUUAGCAUUUUUUCCAGACUCACCAAAACAAUUUUUGUAUUUUAUUAUUAAAAAAUGGCUCAUAAUCCUCUUGAUAAAAUCCACGCCUUGGAUGCAAUUGAAAAAGAUAUUAUAACUUGUCUUCAAAGUGCAGGUCAAGCUUUACAAGAACUCAGCAAAGAAAAAUCCUCCCAAAAGAAUGCCGAAAACCAAACACAACAAUUCCUCAAAUCCUUAUCAAACGUGGAAUCAAAAUUAAGUGAACAAAUCAACUACCUCACUCAAGUGUCCACCGGACAACCUCACGAGGGCUCAGGUUAUGCUUCAACCAAAGUUCUGCAAAUGGCUUGGCAUAGAAUUCAUCAUGCUCGUUCCAGAGUUCGUGAAUUGGAAGAAUCUAAAGUUAAGUAUACAGCAGCUGCUCGGCAGCAACAACAACAACGCCAAAGUGAUUUCUAUCCAAUGUAAAUUAAUAGAUUUAAAGUUUAUAA